ACCCUGUAAUUGCGAUUGGCGGAGGGACUAUUUCUCGUCGUGAAGCUGUGACGUCAACAUCCUGUUCUUACCGUUCUCGCUCUCUUCAGCCAAGGGCCUCCUCCGUACGAGGAAAUCAAUCAUCGGCUCGGGCCACGUUUCAGGCUGUUCACGGUAAACGUUAAGGAAUUUGCACAGAAGCUAGCGGCACAUUUUUCCUGCUUACGAUGGCAUACGGCGAACGCGAACGUUCCGACAGGCGAGGUGGAGCACGCGGUGGCGGUGGUCGAUUUGGUGGACGCGAUGGUGGAGGAGGCAGCAGAUUCAGUAGCGGUGGGAAUCGAGACAGCAAUUUUGGGAAUAAUAACUUCAAGAAUCGACAGCCCGGGGAGCGACUGCGUAAACCGCGAUGGGACAUGAGCAGCCUGCCGCAGUUCAGAAAAGACUUCUACCAGCCGCAUCCCAACGUGACGGGACGCAACGUUCACGCAGUCGAGUCUUAUCGUUCCGGUAAAGAGAUCACCGUAAAGGGAGCCAACGUCCCAUGUCCCAAUAUGCUUUUCGAGGAAGGCGGCUUCCCGGAGUACGUUCUCAACGAGAUUCGUAGACAGGGAUUCGACGAACCAACUGCCAUCCAGGCUCAAGGUUGGCCCAUUGCUCUGUCCGGUCGCGAUAUGGUCGGUAUAGCGCAAACGGGCUCGGGAAAGACACUGGCGUAUAUCUUACCGGCGAUCGUACAUAUAAAUCAUCAGCCUAGACUUAGCAGAAAUGAUGGUCCAAUCGCUCUUAUCUUAGCACCGACCCGAGAACUGGCGCAGCAAAUUCAACAAGUAGCGUCAGAUUUCGGCAUGUCUUCGCAAGUACGAAAUACGUGCAUCUUUGGUGGCGCCCCGAAAGGACCACAGGCACGUGACCUAGAACGUGGUGUAGAAAUUUGCAUUGCUACGCCAGGUCGCCUUAUAGAUUUCUUGGAACGUGGUACCACGAAUCUACGUAGGUGUACUUAUUUAGUGCUCGACGAGGCUGAUAGGAUGUUAGAUAUGGGCUUUGAGCCACAAAUUAGAAAAAUUGUAGAACAAAUACGUCCUGACCGUCAGACUCUCAUGUGGUCGGCGACGUGGCCAAAGGAAGUGCGUAAUCUCGCGGAGGAAUUCUUAACAGACUAUAUACAAAUCAAUAUUGGCUCUCUACAAUUGGCUGCCAAUCAUAAUAUUUUGCAAAUUGUGGAUGUGUGUGAAGAGUACGAGAAGGAGAGUAAACUUAUGAAGCUUUUGGAAGAGAUUUCUCAAGAACCGGAAAAUAAGACUAUAAUAUUCGUGGAAACUAAGAGAAAAGUAGAUGAUAUAACAAGGGCCAUUAAUAGAUACGGAUGGCAAGCAAUUGGCAUUCAUGGAGACAAAAGCCAACAAGAAAGAGAUUAUGUACUAAAUCAGUUCCGGAAUAGCAGGUCUGCCAUCCUAGUGGCUACGGAUGUGGCGGCGAGAGGUUUAGAUGUCGAGGAUGUCAAAUUUGUGAUAAACUUGGACUAUCCGUCCAACUCUGAGGACUAUGUGCACCGUAUCGGACGUACGGGUCGUUCGCAGCGUACAGGAACCGCAUAUGCCUUUUUCACACCCGCCAAUGCGCAUAAGGCUAGUGACUUGAUCCAAGUUUUAGAAGAGGCCAAGCAAGUUGUCAAUCCGAAAUUAUACGAGUUAUCUAGAAAUCCUGGCGUGUAUAAGAGAGGACGAUAUGGUGGACGCAGCGGGGGUGGUGGCGGCGGACGAGGAUCCGGAGGCCGCGGUGGCGGUUCGCGAGGUUCUCGUGGAGGUCGCGAGGCGGGAGAUAGAGGAAGAUUCGAUCGUUCUGGCGGUGCCAAUGAUCGUGCUAAUAAAUGGGCCGGAAGUAGCAGUGGUGGCAUGGGCGGAGCUAGCUAUGGAAGCAGUAAAUCAUUUCCCCAAAACAAUUUUAGCAGUGGAACUUCAGGUGGUGGUUCCAGCAACUACAGUCAGAAUGGCGGAUAUGGCGGAGGAAGUUAUAGGCAACAAAAUGGCUAUUGAUUCUAAAUGAAAAAUAAAAAGAAUGUUCCAGAGGCUCCAGGGAAUGAUACAUAUCGGCGAAUGUGAUGCCAGCCGAUAAGCCCAGAGUCACCCAGAAUCGUUCCGAAAGAUGUACACUCAUACAUUCUCAUGAGCAUUCACCUUCACCUUCUUUUUCCUUUCCUAGUACACGUAAGAUUUCCAUUAGCUUAUUUAAUGAACAUUGCAAUUAAUUAUAAAUCAUAUUAUACAAAUCAUAUUUAGGAUAGCUCUUUAAAUAUAUUUAGAUGGUCAAUUACACCCCCUGUAAUUGUCACCGAAUGGUGUAGUAUUAAAAAAAACAAUUCGAUUGGCUUGUUACUGUACAUUCAAUAAAAUAGCAUAAGAAUAAUAGUAGAAGAGGUGUUAAAA